AUGGCUCCGGAGUAUGCAAUGCGAGGCUAUUUAACUUAUAAAGCAGAUGUUUACAGCUUUGGAGUGGUAGCACUUGAAAUUGUGAGUGGGAAAAAUGGCACCAGUUACAGGCCAAAUGAUGAGAGUGUCUAUCAACUUGAUUUGGCGUAUGUUCUGCAAGAAAAGGGAGAAUUCCUGUCACUGGUUGAUCCAAUCUUGGGGUGUGAUUAUUCAGUGAAACAAGCAACGAUAAUCUUAGACCUGGCAAUGCUGUGCACUAAUCCAUCCCCUACACUGAGACCUACCAUGUCUGAAGUGGUAAAAGUUCUAGAAGGGAAGAGCAAGAUUAAGGCUCCUUCUUUCCAUGUUCCAUACUGGACUGAUGAUUUUGCAAUGGCAAAGGUGGUGGCUAGCCUCAUUCCCAGCAUACGAUCUACCACCAGAAAUUCUAUGGGAAAGACAUCAAAUGCUGUCAGCUAUGAUGUAGUGAGUAGAGAUGAAGAUGAGUAUGACAUGGAUGAAGAUUGUUCCUCAGUGAUGUUAGACAAGACAAAUAGCCUGGUUAAUUAA